AAAAAAAAAUUCGGACAAUCAUAUGGGUGGUCACCGAGCUCUGUAACACUGACAUAUCAAAUAUUAUCUCUUUUUGGUUGUAAACUUCAAAAGAGUACUAUGCGCAAAGGAUGGGAAUGGAUACGUAGGAAACCAGUUGAGCAACCACAUCAUAUCAGCCCGCCUAUCGUAUUAUCACCACAUUCCACUUCCAAGAGUGAGACAACACAUACCUACGCGAACUCUCAUUUGGUUUCUCGGCCACCACCUCAAAUGACAACCUCAACAUCUGCCCCAUACUUUGAUGUUGAUAAGCAGCUUUUGCAUUCAUUCGCUCAAGGUAAUACACAGAACAAGGUAGCUCCGCUUGGAGUGACCAUGAACAGUCGCCCAAUCAUGCACAAGUCCGUAAGCGAACAGUUCCAUCCUCCAGUACGAACUUCGAGUCUCAGACGAAAGGCGCAGCCAACUGAAAAGUCGGUGGAGUUCGACAAAAGAAAGUCAGAUGGUACAAUGUCAAUUUACAACACAUUUGGCUCCGAAGAUAUUCAAGCUGUUGUGGAUGAACCACUAGUAUUGAAGGUCGAUAAUUCAUCAGAUGGCGGUGUCAAUCGCAUGUUAAACGAGACGAAAGGUGGCGUUCGUGAAACCCAUGUAUUGAGCAAAGCAGCUUUGGAGGACUUGCACCAUGAUCACACUGUACCUACCACUACAGAAACAGCUAUUCAUACUAAUGGUCAGCAAUUCGUCGCCCCUUCACAGUUUCAAUGUGAACUUUUACCGUUGGUGCCUAAUACCGGUAUGGAUCUUAGUAACGACGCAAGAAGAUCCACCCAGUCCAAUGCCACAGCCACUUCUACCGAGUAUGAAUCUGCGAGCAUGUAUUCUGCACUGGAUGAUGUGUCGAGUGACUCGGAUCUUGAUAGCGAUGAUUUCGUUGACGCACUUGAACCCGAGGAAGCGGAGCGAGCUAAAGCAGAAGCAAAAUUAUCAAAACGCCUUAGUGGACACAAUUUCGGUAGUGCCGGAGGUCUGGUAUUGAAUAUCAUGGACGAACCGGUGAAGAGGAACAGCUUUGACCUCAAGGCCCCACCCCCCGAUAGUCUAGUCAAAGCCAUGCUUGAAUGGAAGAGGUCUAGCUUGGAGGGAAACAAGAGGGUCAGCUUGCAAAGUUUACAAGGGUUAAGAUCCUCGCUCAUUCGCGAUAUGCAAACCGACACAAACAGUGACAAAACUGAGACAGGAAAAAUUAAUGAAAGAAAGAAACCUACGCCAUUAGUCUCUGUACCCGACAUUCACCUGUCACCUUCUAGUGCUGUCUCCACUCCCAAGGAGGUUCGAUUUUUCGUUGACAGUUUUUCCAAAAGUUUCGAUGACUUAAUGGCGGGUAACGAGUCCUUAGAAAUCACCGACCUUAAGGACCCGCGACAAUUGUCCGCCCCACAAUUCGAGAUCACCCCAGUAUCGGCAGAUGAAGACGAAGAUGACGCUGCUCGAGCCGCUGAGGCUCUAUGGGACGAGGACGAGUCAUUUGUAGAGAAAGAGGCUAUGACAGAAUGGCUCGGACAAAGCAAAAGUCUGAAUGCUAGAGCGCUACACUUGUACAUGAAGAAAUUCGAUUUCUCACAUAUGCGACUGGAUACGGCAUUCAGAAAAUUAUGCAGCAAGCUGUAUCUUAAAGCAGAAGCACAGGUCAUUGAUAGAGUGCUUGAGGUGUUUGCAAGACGUUAUUGGGCCUGUAAUCCAGAUAGCCUUUUCGGUACCUCAGAUGUUGUCUAUGCCGUGGUAUAUUCUCUAUUGCUUUUGAACACAGAUUUGCACGUCGCGCAGGGUAGCCAUACUAGAAUGACUCGGUCAGCUUUUGUCAAAAACACUAUGAUGACCGUUCGUGAUACUCGUACACCAGUGGAACAGAAUAACCGAGCCAUCCAGCUGAGCAAGGUAUGGGAAGACCAAAUGGAGAGCUUACUGCGAGAUAUGUAUGCUUCCGUGAAGGGCAAUCAAAUUCUUCAGCCACUGCAGCCGGGUGCAAGGAAGAAUGGAUAUCUGAAACGUCGUAUGGGCUCGAUAAGACGCUCUGUGCGAAGCAGCAUGCUAUUUACAUUUAGCGCUGAGAUGAAGGAACAGCUCGGAGAUGAGACUUCGGAAACACCUACAGUAGCAGUAAAUGCUGCGGAGCCAGUUGCUCGUAUCUCGGACAGUGCCAGUUCAGCAACCGUGACACUGGCCGGUAUAUCAAAGGACAGUGAAAUUGAAGAUGUCCCUGCCGAAAAUACCCAGAAAGAUACCACUGAUGAUUCACGCUACAACAAGCAGGGAUUUGCCAUCCGAAAACAUUUGUUGGAAAGUGCUGAUAUCAAAGCUAGACAGCGCAAUUGGUCUGAAAUCUUCUUGAACACAGAGGAUGGCCAACUUUGCGUUUACGCAGUGGCCGGAGUAGCAUUGAGCGACAACGCCAAUCGAAAAAGUGUGUUCCGGCUUAGCAGUCUGAAUGGCAGUACGCCAUAUUUGCAAUCAUCGUUGGCUCCACCUACAAACGAGUCCACCAUGACUGAUCUCAUUGGCAGCAACUGGAAGGCAUCAACACAUCUACUUGAUCAAAUACUGCUUUCUCAUUCUUUAGCCAACGCCUUACCUGCUCCUGGGUACAACCGACAAAGACCAUUUGUAUUUGCUUUGCAGCUUCCCAAUGGAGGUGUUAAUUUGUUUCAAGUCAGUUCAGCCGAAGAAGUGAAUGACUGGGUUGAUAUCUGCAACUAUUGGGCUGCUCGUCAAAGCAGAGCGGCGGCUGCUGGAGGCGUCAUCAACAUGGAAUAUGGCUGGAGCGAUAGGCUCCUGGAAGGGAGUGUGUCGGCUGAUACUGUCAACGUAUACGAAUGGACCCCACCUGCACCAUCUAUGGGCACCAGUCACUUGGAUGAGAUCAGCCAAUUGAAUGAGCUCCGAAAGCAUCUCGACGAACUAAACGAUCAAUUAGAAACACAUUGCAUGCUAGACAAAAAAAUUGAAGCGAAGUUUGCAAACAGGAGACAAAAUCAAUUGAAGGCUCUCAAUAACUGGCACAACAAAUUAAACUAUCUUCGACGAGAGAUUAUAAAGUACGACAGUUACUGCAAUAUACUGACAGAUGCCAUGGCAAGACAAGAUAGACGGCACCGAGAUAUUUUUUCGUCUACCAUGCAGUCCUCUCCUCUCAGCAUCGAGGAAAGUAAUAUUGACUUAAUCUCAGAACUUCAAAACGAGCUUUCACUAGUAGGCGAUGGAAAAUGGUUCUGAUCUCGGGCAGUGGGAUCUCCAUCUGAGCCGCAUAGUUAUACCACGCAUAGUAUACUAAAAGAAAAUGUAUAAUAUCCAACCUCCAUUCAAUAAUC